AUGCAGCUAUCAACAGUUCAGCCAGUAUUUAAGCUGGAGUUAAACCAUAAAAUUACUCCAGAUGUGGUGACGAUCGCAAAGUAUGAUGGAACGCACCCAUGUCUCACUGCGUCUGCUGGAUACGAUAAAAUCAUUAUCCAUCAUCCCCAUGGAGGUAUGGUCAGUGGAAGAGCGCAAAGAUCGCAAGCUCACGGAGAAGUCUCUGAACUGAAUCUCAGUCAGGCUGUAAUUGCCCUUGCAGCUGGACCUCUGCGCCCUGACACUGGUAGGGAUAUGCUACUCAUUGGGUCACCUACACAGAUACUGGCAUACGAUGUGCACGACAAUACGGAUCUCUUUUUUAAAGAGGCACCAGAUGGAGUCAAUGUGAUUAUAACUGGGUUCUUUGGCAAACAUGCGGAGACUUUGGCGAUAAUCGGCGGCAACAGUUCUGUACAGGCCAUUGACUGGGAAGGCAAUGAGGUCUUUUGGAAUGUCGUCAGCGGCAAAGUAUGUGCAAUGAUCACUUUCGAUUUUGAUAAGGAUGGGGAAAAUGAGCUUCUCAUAGGAUGCGAUGACUCAUUUAUUAGGGUUUUAAAAAACAAUCAAUUUAUAGCCGAAAUUGCUGAAACUGGGCCCAUAUUGUGCCUGUCUCCAGUGAACGAAGUCAGGUUCGCAUAUGGACUAGCUAAUGGUACUAUUGGCAUUUAUGAAGAGGGCAUUCGACUGUGGAGGGUUAAGUCGAAACAGAAUGCGUUGGCUCUCCAAUGGUCAGGAGACACCUUAGCUUGUUGCUGGUCGAACGGGCGCGUAGAUUGGCGUGAAGGCACCACUGGACGAGUGUUAAGGCGAGUUCAGAUGCGUGCUAAUGCAGCUGCAAUGUUACUGGCUGACUACCGAUCUGUUGGUGCUCCAGAUCUUGUCUGUGUGUCUGAUAAGGGCGAAGUAUUAGGGUAUCCGCCUUACCAAGAAAACACUGGAUUCAACACGGGCACCAAGAGCAUGCCUUCAGAUGAGGAUCGGUUAGCCAUUACAGAGCUGUUCAACAAGAAGCAGGCGCUCAUGGUAGAACUGCAGCACUAUGAAGCUAACGCAACCAGUGGUAGUGCGAGCGUUGAGAAUCUGGAACGCCCUGCUUCAGCUAUGCCUACUAAUACGAGGCUGCAAGUGGCUAUCCUGCAUUCACCCGAGGAGGCUUGCCUUCAACUCGCAGUAUCAACUAACAAUGAGACAGUAGUUCGCGCAGCCCUUGUCCUGGCCGAAGGUAUUUUUGAAAGUGGGGAGACCUUCAUUCGACACCCUCAGCCUAGUCAACUGAGGUCUUUACUGCAUGUACCGUUAAGACCACCGCGGGACGUACCGGUUGAUGUCCACAUUAAGGCUCUUAUAGGCUAUCCUGACAGUGAACAAUUUCACAUCUUCGAGUUGACGAAACAACUCCCGAGAUUCGCGAUGUAUCAGUCGUUCACCAAAGAAGUGAGAAAUAAAGGGAACAGCUACGUAACAUUUCGCAUCACAGAAAGAGUUCAGAGAAUAUGUAUCUGGGUGAAUCAGAACUUUUUAUUGGAAGAAGAAUUGAACAUUGAGUCAGAAGAAACAAAGGAGCUUCACAUAAAUCUCCUGUGUUUGAGAGACCAGUCUUACUUAUACAUGGAUUUUGCAGCUGAUGGCCGAGUGAAGUUUAGCACCCAUGACAUAAGAUUGGCUGGAGAUCUGAUACAAAGUUUAGCCGUCUAUUUGAAUUUGACAGACUUGCAGGUAUCAGUAUUUACUUUAAUUUUAAUAAACCUUUACAAUAUCCAUCCUGAUUAA